AUGGCAGAACAAUCCAUAAACAUUCCUCAAGUCCUCGUCUUCAUUGUUGUCACCUUCCUCGCCGUACGAUGGUACUUGAGCAAGCCCUCCACAGAAGGCACGCGAGCAGCAACCGCAAACCGCUCUGGCUCUGCCCCACGCAUAAACCCCGCCCAGAUACACCAAGUAGCAGACAUGUUCCCGCACCUAAGUAGACGGGAUAUUGGAUGGGAUUUGCAGAGGAAUGGCGGAAACCUUACGGCCACCACGGAGAGGGUGUUAAGCGGGCGGGGUCUGGAUAGCGCACCAGCGUCAUUCGUAUUACCAGAAGAUCGUCGAACUGCCCAGCCCGCGCGAACAGCAACACCGGUCGCCAAACCAGUACACCCCGAUUUGAUAACGAAAUACAACCUAUCAACGAAGCUGUCACAAACCGCGCAGCCGACCGACAUCGAGCAACCAAAAGUAAAGUCAUGGAGCCAAGACCGUAAUGAGAGGCAGGCAAACCUCCAAAGACGGAGAGAGGAGAUGAUCCUUGCAGCGAGGAGAAAGCUGGAAGAGAAAGAGAAGGCAAAGGCUUCUGGAGCGACGGCUUAG